CCCUCUGUUCAACGAAGCAGAGAGAAGCUGUUAUCAAUGGCCGCCAUGGCUGACACUACAAAUCUGGAAUCAUCCCUACCGGUUCCGAGUGUUCAAGUAUUAGCCAUUCAAAAUCCAGAUCAGGUGCCACCUCGGUACAUCAGAGAUGAUGAUGAAAUCGGAGCGUGCCCUUCUGAUUCAUCUCUUCGUGUUCCUCUCAUCGACAUGGCCAAGUUGGUCAACGCAGAGGCAAAAGCUCAAGAGCUUCAAAAACUUCAUCUUGCUUGCACAAAAUGGGGUGUCUUUCAGGUGGUGAACCAUGGGGUUUCUGAUGAAUCUCUUGACAAGAUGAGGGACCAAGUUGAAAGAUUUUUUAAGCUUCCAUUUAAAGAAAAGAUGAGAUGGGCACAGAGACCAGAAAGCCUUGAAGGCUAUGGACAAGCAUUUGUAACCUCAGAGAACCAAAAGCUGGAUUGGAACGACAUGAUCUUCCUCAAAACUCAACCCGUUCAAAACAGAAAUUUAGAUUUAUGGCCACAAAAUCCUCCUCAGUUCAGGGAAACUUUACAGAUAUAUUCUGAACAAAUGAGAGAGACAGCAAGUUCAAUAGUGAAGUUCAUUUGCAUGGCUUUGGGGGUUGAGGCUCCAAAGCUAUUAUUAGAGAGCUUUGAAGAAGGACAGUAUGAUAUAAGGAUGAAUUGCUUCCCUCCUUGUCCUGAGCCUGAAAGAGUUCUUGGGAUUGUGCCUCAUGCUGACAAUUCUGCCAUAACUCUCUUGCUUGAAUGUGACUUGCCUGGAUUACAGUUCCUCAAAGAUGGAAAAUGGGUCUUUGUUCAACCUAUUGAAGGAGCCAUUGUUGUUAAUAUUGGCCAAAUUUUUGAGGUGAUGAGCAAUGGCAUGUACAAAGCACCAGUUCACAGAGCAGUUGUAAACAAGUUGAAGGAGAGGUUAUCAAUAGUCACGUUCUGUUAUCCCGGUUCUUCUGUAGAUAUUGGACCAUUUGAGAAGCUUAUUAGUGAGGGAAACCCGCCUGUGUACGAGACCAUGACAAAUGCAGAGUAUUUCCAUAGAUUUUUCAACAGGAAGCUGGAGGAAUCAUUCAUUGAUAGCCUCAAAAUAUGAUCCAGGAAGCCUGACGUGUUUUUUUUUUUUUUUAAAGUAAGAAAAGGAGAAACAACCUAUUUACAUGAUUUUGAUUGCCUUCUCUCUUUGUUAUUGGUGUAAGUGGUGUCCCACUUGAAAAUUUUUUUUGGUUAAUUUAAAAGCAUGAUUGUAUUUUAAUUAAAAGAACCUGAGCCCAAAAGGUUCACUAGCUGUUGCAGAAAUAUGAAAUGGUCUGUUCUAGUUUUCUUGAUAA